GUCACCUUGAAAUCAGGCUACUACAGUUCGUCCUUCCUGGUCCAGGCCUCUCUCUACAUCGUCACUCUCCGUUUUGCUGGCAUGCUUGUUUGAUACCCCAUUCCUUUGCACGAGUCUCGAUGUCGAGCUCCAACAACCCCUCAGACGCGAACGCGCGCGAUGGUGGGGCACCAUCAACACACCCACCGCAGUACUCAGAACAGGGCGUAACACAGCCACCAGGACACGCGCCUACCAACUUAUCACGAGCACUUCCUACAGCUCAGCGCAAUGCGCCACCGCCGCCAGAGUCGAAGCCUGAGGCGUCGUCAUAUGUCGGCUCCUAUCGACCCUCCGAUUCUUCGCGGCUGUCAGCUACAACUACAGCAGAACCAUACCAUGACCUGGGCCAUGUUGAUGAACAGCACGCGACGCCCGCCGACCUCUCUCCACCGGCCUACAGCGAGGUCCCCGGCACGCUCCAGAGCGACAAUGACGAGCUCGACACGAACGCAACUGUCGCCGAGGAUGGUCGAGUGAACAUCAGAAUCAACCAGAAGAGCCGUGCUCUUUCACAGCUCAUCGUACCGCAAAUCCAACGCCAGCUCACCCAGGCGCAAGAAGAUCCAGAGCCACCUCCACCCUACAUUCCCGAGUCGCUCGGUGGUGCUCCAGGACAGAGCCCACCUCCACCUCUGAAUAUCGUCAUACAAGUUGUGGGAUCAAGAGGAGAUGUACAACCAUUUGUCGCCUUGGGCAAGGUGCUGAAGGACACAUAUGGUCACCGAGUACGACUAGCCACACAUCCAACAUUCAAGGAUUUCGUUAUCGAGAAUGGCCUAGAGUUCUUUAGUAUCGGCGGCGACCCUGCAGAGCUCAUGGCAUUCAUGGUCAAGAAUCCUGGCCUGAUGCCUGGCAUGGACACGCUGUGGAGCGGCGACGUAGGCAAGAGGAGGAAGGGCAUUGCAGAGAUCUUGCGCGGGACGUGGAGAUCAUGCAUCGAGCCUGGCAAUGGCUUGGGCGUGGAUCCGCUUAAGCAGACAGUCGAGGAAUGGAUGGGCGUCGAGGAGCAGCUCCCUGAGCAGCUCAAGAAACCUUUUGUAGCUGACGCCAUCAUUGCGAACCCUCCUGCGUUUGGACAUAUCCAUUGCGCAGAGAAGCUGGGUAUACCACUGCACAUGAUGUUUACGAUGCCGUGGUCACCGACCCAACAGUUUCCUCACCCACUCGCGAACAUUCAAUCGUCGAAUGCCGAUCCUACAAUCACGAAUUACAUGUCAUAUAUCAUGGUUGACCUGCUGACAUGGCAAGGACUGGGGGAUAUCAUCAACAGGUUUCGUAAGGAGAGCCUGUCGAUGGAUCCCAUCAGCAUGAUAUGGGCACCAGCAAUGCUGGCGCGAAUGAAAGUCCCUUUCACAUAUUGCUGGUCACCCGCACUGAUCCCGAAGCCGAGCGACUGGUCCCACAACAUUUCCAUCGCAGGUUUCUACUUCCUUGACCUAGCGCAGAACUACACGCCUGAGCCUGCACUCAAAGCAUUCCUCGAUGCAGGCGAGCCGCCUGUCUACAUCGGUUUCGGUUCGAUCGUUGUCGAUGAUCCAAACGCUAUGACGAAGAUGAUAUUCGAUGCAGUCAAGAUCACAGGCAGACGAGCGCUAGUCUCAAAGGGCUGGGGAGGCCUGGGAGCAGAUGAACUCGGCAUUCCACAAGGCGUUUUCAUGCUCGGAAAUUGCCCUCACGACUGGUUGUUCAAGCGUGUCUCAGCUGUAGUACAUCACGGUGGUGCUGGUACAACAGCCGCUGGUAUUGCUGCUGGAAGACCGACAGUAGUAGUGCCAUUCUUCGGCGAUCAGCCAUUCUGGGGUGCCAUGGUAGCCAGAGCUGGCGCGGGUCCUGAUCCUACACCGUAUAAGGAGCUGACAGCUGAGAAGCUGGCCGAAUCGAUCAACAAGGCCCUUGAACCUCAGUCUUUAGAGCGGGCACAAGAACUCUGCAACAAGAUCAAACAGGAGAAUGGAAGCCAGAGCGGAGCGCAGUCUUUCCAUCAGAUGCUGAAUUAUGACGAUCUGCGAUGCGCUGUGGUCUCCGAUCGACCAGCUGUGUGGCGCGUAAAGCGAACGCAGGUAAAGCUGAGCGCAAAGGCAGCGACUGUACUUGCUCAGGAAGGCGAGAUCGACUUUAAGGAAUUGAAGUUAGCGCGUGCUCGCGAGUACCAGACAGACGAGGGCCCCUGGGACCCUGUCUCCGGAGCAGCAAGUGCGUUGACCGGAACAGCAACAUCGAUGAUGAUGGGAGUUGCAGAUAUGCCCAUCCAGACAUUGAAGCUGCUCAACAUUCAUCCUGAUGCUAGAGCUGCCUCGAAGAAGGGCAAGGAAAGGGCACAGGAGCCUGAAGGCACGUCCAAUGCCGGGGAUUCAAGCCGCUCAGGCCGUCCGACAACGUCGCGAACUGCAACAGGUGCAGACUCCGUGUUGAGCGGGGAGAGCACACCUCCAAUGGUACAAUCACCUGGAUUAGACGAAAAAGCAAACAUGCGUGCAGCGGCAACAAGCCCAGGUGCGCCGGGAUCACUUUCUCACAGGUCUACUUCCAUGACCGAGGCAGUAUCAGCUUCAGCACAACGCUCACGACCUUCGUCACGCGGACUCCUGUCACCAGAUGCCGAUGGACCUAAGCGAAAGAACUCGGCUUCCAGCACAGGCCCAUCUCGGUCUGAUACUGGCUCGUCCUCAAACUUCACAGACAAUUUGAGGAACAUGCAGGUUGAAUCUGCUGUCGAUACUGGGAAGGGCCUCGCACGUAUUGUCGGUGCAGGGUUUAAGUCGCCAAUGGACUUCUCACUUAACGUCGCUAAGGGCUUCCACAAUGUACCCAAGCUGUAUGGUGGUGAGGUGCGAAAGGUCGAUAACGUCACCGACUUCAAGAGCGGGAUCACUACAGCAGCGAAGCAAUUCGGCUUCGGUCUCUACGAUGGUAUCACCGGCAUCGUCACAGACCCUUACAAGGGUGCCAAAAAGGAAGGUGGCGUUGGCUUUGUCAAGGGCGUUGGCCGUGGUAUCUUCAGUGUACCCUUCCGCGUCAUGGGCGGUGCCUGGGCAGUCCCAGGCUAUGCCAUGAAGGGCUUGUACCAGGAGAUGAUCAAGAGCAAGGGAAGUGGUGUCCAAAACUACAUCAUUGCAGCGCGCAUGUCGCAGGGCUACGACGAGUCCAUUGAAGUGUCUCCUCGGGAGCGUGCCGACAUUGUCAGCAGGUGGAAGAUCGUCAAGGUCAACAUGAAGAAGAAGAAGAAGAACCCCGGAGGAGACACUAUGGACUCACUGCAAUCACUUGUGGCUGACAAGCGGAAGCGGAAAGAACAUCGAUGGAACAGAGUGGACUCCCAGUUCCAGAAGCCGGAAGCGCGUCAGUCAGUUCCACCCACUAUGAGCCAGCACACGAGCUACAGCGAAGUCAGUGAGCCAGCUUCUCGUACAAGCUCUAACACCCUGCCCGCCUGGAAGCAGCAAGAGCAAGAGCGUAUGUCACGUGUGUCGACCACGCAGUCGCAGCAGUCUCAACAGACAAAUUCACAGCUCGAUGCUCAACUCAUCGCCGAAGAAGAGGCUGAGCGUCGAGAGCUCGAAGCUGCCAUCGCUGCCUCCGUUGCUGAGAACUCUCACGGAAAUGCAGAGGAGGACCAGGUCCUUGCACGUGCUAUCCGUGCGUCUGUGGCCGAGCUUGAGCGUGCACCAGCUGGUGCGAGCGAGGAGGAUGGAGAAGAGAUGUUCAAACGUGCAAUGCACGCUAGCAUGGAAGAAGCUGGUCGUACCGGUGCAACUGAAGAGGAGCAGAAUUUGCUCGAGGAGACACUGCGAAAGUCACUUCUUGAUACGUCGCGCCAUCGACAACAUGGCUCGGACUCUGAAUGGGAUAGCAGCGACACAGAGAACGAUGCAGACUUCCAACGCAUCAUCGCCGAGAGCAAGGAGCUUGCUCAUCUGCAGGAUCACUAUCCUCAGGAUUACCAGGGUGCUGCAGGCGCACAGGAGAGCGGCACUGUGCCUGCUGCAGGCGAUUCAGCGGAUGCCGGCGCUGAAGACGAGGAGUUGAUGAAGGCGCUGGAAGAGAGCGAGAGGGCAGAGAAACAAAGGCGGGAGAAUGCGAGCAAAGAGAAGAGCGAGGAUGAGAUCGUGAUGGAAUACAUCAAGAAGCAGAGCCUGAUGGAAGAGGAACACAGACAGAGAAGGUUACAGGGUAGGGACGCAGCCGGCGAGAGCUCUGGUGCUGGUGCUGGUUCCGGUAGCUCCUGAGUGCUAAAAGUAACAUUAGGGCUCACCUUGCGUACGAAACCUGAUUUGAUUGAUACCCUGCUUAGUUCAUAACAUUUUGUAUAUUGUUCCUUCCCUCGUUGUCAAGAG